GUCGCAACCGAUAGGCAAAACCCAGCGUGGAGUAUCGUGCAUCAUCAUAACGGUCCUUUCCGAAAAAUAUAAGAGCAUCGGAAGAACCAGCGUAGUCAGCAAUUCGUCGACCAUCGAGCCUGUUUCACGCACCGCUUGCUAAACUCAAUCAUGAAGGCCUGCCUGUGGAUAACCUUGCUCUCCCUAGUCGCAGUGGCAUAUGGAGCCUCAGUUGCCACAGAAACUGCGGUUCCCAAACUAGUUCUCACAAAAGAAAUGCAAGCCGAGGUUGUGCAAGAAGCUGGCAAGAGUCUCGAGAAGCUCGGCAAGAUUUUGCAAGGCAAAGAGGUUGCUUCAACUAAAGAAGAGCAAGAUGAAGUGCUGCAAGUCCUGCGUGCCCUCACCUCUGACGAAGCACUCAGCGAUGAUGCAGCAGAAUACAUCUGGCCCAUAAUUGCUCGUGGCGUGGUGCAAGGAGGCGUAGCGCAUGGAGUGCACAAGUGGCUCAACAGGAGGGGAUAGACAAAGUCCGCGCCGGGAAAUUUUUUCCAUGUUGAGUAAUAUUUUGUUCAUUGAAAAUGUUUUCAUGUACAUCUGUUUAUGUAUAAGAUGCCGGAACUGCUUCGUGUGACUGGAAAAUAACAAAAUCAAAUAAAUUGUGACUGAAGCA